AUGGGCGGUGUGACCGUCACCAAACACUUAUCAAGGGGGUCAUAUAUCGGCGACGACGCACUUGCUGACGACCCGGAUCCAUCAGGGACUGUUGUCGUCGACGGCACGGGCUGCACGUUAUCACCUGGCCUUAUUGACUGCCACGUGCAUAUCCGCAACGAGGCGCAGUUGGCUUCAUGGGCGUCUUUUGGUGUUACGGCGGUUUGCGAUAUGGCGAGCAUUCCGGAUGGAGAAAUACGUGAAUUCCAGUCUCCCGGCGAGAACCCCAGGCAUGGUACGCUAUUCAAACUAGGCGGUGUCUCGCCCGAUAAUGCCGUUCACAACACGGAUGAAGCAGUCAAGUUCGUGCAAAAUCGAAUCGAUAAAGGGGUCGAACUGCAUCAAGAUCAUCGCUGA